UCGGCCGACACCAUCGGAGCAUUUCGGACAUUGAGUCUUGGGACAGGAAGAAUUUGCUGCUUUCUCACAAACUACAUCCUCGCAAUGUCUCCAAGAUCGUUUCGAAUCGUCGUCCUUCCCGGGGAUGGUAUUGGCCCAGAAGUCGUCAGCCAGGCCGUUAGAGUGUUGGAACUAGUCUCUUCUUCAUCGUCAGAUUUCGAUCUCAAGUUAGAGACACACGACUUUGGCGGCUGCGCGAUAGACAAAACGGGCGAGCCUUUGCCCCCGACCACCCUCAAGGCGUGCCAGGAGGCUGAUGCGAUUCUCAUGGGUUCCAUUGGAGGUCCCAAGUGGGGUGUCGACGCCAAAAUUCGCCCAGAACCUGGCCUUCUUGCCCUCCGGAAGACACUAGGUCUGUACGCGAAUAUCCGCCCGGCCAAUCUCGCCUCGGAAUCUCUUCUUGAGUACACACCCUUAAAACCGUCCGUCGCUCAGGGCGUAGACAUGAUUGUCGUCCGUGAGCUGAUCGGAGGACUCUAUUUUGGUACUCGCAAAGAACAGGGUGUUGAGCCAGACGUAGACACCGCAUGGGACAGUAUGAUCUACAGUGUUUCUGAAGUUCAACGAAUUACAAGGGUCGCUGCCCAGAUCGCGUUGGCAGCUGACCCGCCGUUGGAAAUCCACUCGAUCGACAAGGCCAAUGUCCUCGCGGCUUCACGUCUGUGGAGAAAAGUCGUCACAGAAACAUUGUCAAAAGAGUAUCCCCAGCUCAAACUAGAUCAUCAUCUUGUCGAUUCAGCGGCAAUGCUAAUUGUCGCCAGUCCCAAACGAUUGAAUGGUGUUAUUCUCACCGAGAAUUUGUUUGGAGACAUUCUUUCUGACCAGUCAAGUGUCAUUCCUGGGUCUUUAGGUCUCCUCCCGUCUGCCUCAUUAGCCGGUGCGCCGUCUGCGCCAUCUGCAGAUUUCAAACCGACACCAGGUUUGUACGAACCUAUUCACGGUUCAGCGCCAGAUAUUGCCGGCAAGGGUAUUGCAAACCCGAUCGGCACCAUCCUGAGUGCUGCCAUGCUUCUACGGUACUCCCUGGGUCUGGAGGCGCCAGCGAAGGCUAUCGAAACCGCAGUAAGGAAGGUCUUGGACACUCCUGAGCUAGGCGGGCAUGGCUUAAGGACGGCGGAUCUCGGAGGCAGCAUUGGAACCACUGAGCUUGGAGAUCAUAUCAUAGAAGUAUUGAAGAGCAUAUUGUAAAGUAAGUGUUAAGAGAGAAACUCUGUAUGCAUUAGACGACUUUGGAGAGGUAGCUGGGUCCUUGACACAGCGACCGUUCUUCAAAGGUGAUACCUGAACUUUGCAAAGCUGAAUGUUCCAGAAUCAGUUGACCUUUGGUUACACUGUUAGAG